AUGCCCGUGCCAGGAGACACAUCGCCUGGCUCGCUUCCUGGCCUGUCUGAAUUCUCCGCCUUCAAGUUCCCCCCUCCGCCAGCCAGGCCUGGUCAUGUUGUCCUCAACCGUUUCGUUCUCUACGAGACCAAAACUAGAUUCUACAUUGUCGGCACCAAUGCUCCCGCAGGAACACGGUUCAGAGUCCUCAAAAUCGACCGCACCACAGCGCCGAGUGAGCUCAGCAUCACCGAGGAUGAAAUGGUCUACUCCAAGGCCCAGGUUGACGACCUCCUCGAGAUGAUAGCCACCGGCAACCGUUCGACAGGAGGGAUGCGGGAGAUCACGAAGUUUUAUGGCAUUGUAGGGUUUGUCAGGUUCACGGAGGGAUACUACAUCACACUUAUCACCAAGAGAAGCCCCGUCGCGCUCAUUGGAGGCCAUUACAUCUUCCAUAUCGAUGCCACAUCCUCAAUCUCUAUUCACUCCUCGACAACGCCGACCUCAAAGCUGGACAAGAACUCGGACGAGGCACGAUACCUGCAGAUGUUCCAGAUGGUGGACUUGACAAAGAACUUUUACUUUUCGUAUUCGUACGACAUUACAAGGACGCUGCAAUGGAACAUGACCAGAAACCCGCAGGUCGAGGGCCGAAACCGCAUGUUUGUCUGGAAUCAAUAUCUCCUUGAAAACGCUUUUGGUGCGCAGACGGGGAUCGAGAAUCAGUGGGCUCUUCCCAUUAUGUAUGGCUUUGUCGACCAGUCGAAACUCUCGAUUCUGGGUCGAAACGUCUAUGUCACCUUGAUUGCGCGGCGAUCUCGUUUCUUUGCGGGAGCUCGAUUCCUGAAGAGAGGAGCCAACGACAGGGGAUAUGUCGCCAACGACGUCGAAACAGAGCAGAUCGUAUCGGAAAUGUCUACCACCUCGUUUUACGGUGCAGGAUCCCUCGACGCCAAUCCUAACCAUACAUCGUUUGUUCAGCAUCGCGGCUCAAUUCCACUUUACUGGGUUCAAGACGGAACUAACAUGUCUCCAAAACCCCCGAUUGAACUCAAUGUCGUGGACCCUUACUUUUCUGCCGCGGCUCUGCAUUUCGACGAUAUGUUCAAACGUUAUGGAGCUCCUUGCAUUGUUUUGAACUUGAUCAAGGCCAAGGAAAAAACGCCAAGAGAGUCAUUGCUAUUGAAAGAGUUUUCUGAGUGCAUUGAGUACCUUAACCAGUUCUUACCAGACGAGAAGAAGAUCUGGCACAUCAAGUGGGAUAUGUCAAGAGCAUCCAAGAGUCCCAAUGAAAACGUGAUUUCAGUGUUGGAGAUUAUUGCCGAGCGAGCAUUCGCGAAAACAGGAUUCUUUCACAGCGGCUACAACCAAGACUCGGCAAGGCAGCAGCACAAGAACAUCAUCUACGGAUCAGGAUUGCAAAACGGUGUAGUGCGAACAAAUUGCAUAGAUUGCCUAGAUCGUACCAAUGCAGCUCAGUUUAUCAUUGCAAAAUGUGCCCUUGGGCACCAGUUGUAUUCGCUGGGUCUUAUCGCGGAGCCAGUGGUCCCGUUCGACUGUGACCUGGUCAACAUGCUGACAGAGAUGUACCAUGACCACGGUGACACCAUUGCGCUUCAAUACGGAGGGUCUCAUCUGGUCAACACCAUGGAAACUUAUCGAAAAAUCAACCAGUGGACGAGUCAAAGUCGAGACAUGAUCGAGAGUAUCCGUCGGUUCUACAGCAACAGCUUCGUAGAUGCGGAGAAACAAGAUGCGAUGAACUUGUUUCUGGGCAACUACCGUGUUCAGAAGGGCACCGGACCGGCGCUGUGGGAACUUCCAGGAGACUAUCACCUACACAACGUUACCGACCCAGAGCUUAAAAAGCACAGGAAAAGUUACACCAAGUGGUGGUCACCAGACGCGCUCCUCCCACAGGAAGUCUUGGCCAUGAAGAGCUUUUCGGAGGCACAGGAGAAGGAUUAUGACCACUUCCGUCUUCAUGAUGCCGGGUACGAUGACGACUCUAGACUGAUCUACGGAGACGAGGACGACUCACUGGAUGACAAUGAUGACGAUGAUUACGAUAUGGACCCACAGCGCACCUCUGGAUCUGGUGAAGUAGAAGGUGGACUGGAGCGGGACGACAGUAAUGACCGGCUGGACAAGUACGAUCCGAACUUGAAACAGUACAGCGCCAAGCACUCUGGGGACGGCUCUCACCAUAUAGAGAACCUUCGGUCAGAAGAUGAAGACGAGUUUAUAUCCAAUGGACAUCGGACACGGCCGCUUGGCAAGAAUGAUCGCGUUCACAGCAUGCAGUCAGUCUUGUCUGAACAGUCCGCAUCGUCUUUGAACGAUGACGAACAUGGAAUCCGGAGAUCAAGCUCUGCUUCCUCCAAGCAUUCGUUCGUUCAUUCUAUAGCGGGUAUGCAACUUGAUCCUGCAGGUCUAACUCGCGGGCACAGACAACAAGCGCAUUCACCGGAUCAUGGACCUCAAUCUGCCAGUACGGGAUCUUCAACAACUCUGACUUUGGAGAACUUGCCCCCAGGAUCGUCGGAGAGUGUGAUGAUGGAUAUUACGGAGCGGAUCGUGGCUCCCCCUGUUCUCCUGAGAGAUGGGGAAGGGAGCAGGCCUAACGCUUUGCCAAUGUCAUCGUCUUCCUCCGUGUCGUCUAUGCAGCGUUACUAUCCUCGGCACCACCUCAGAAACUCCAGAUCAAGGUCAUCAAUGGCAACAUCCUCACGGAGUGGUCCAGGCAGCAUGCAGUUCACACGAGGAGAAAAGUUUGUCCAUGAUGGCUUCGACGCCUGCGAUGGCGACGCUAACGAGGAAUCGUCUUUAGGAGGAUGGGAGGAGUACUGGGACGAAUACUAUCGGCCGAAAGUGCAGACCUCGUUUCAGCGCCUUUUUGCCUACAACAUGAACUCAACCAGCCGCUAUAUACCACCCAAUGCCAAGGCAGCGGCAAAGUCGGAGAAGCGGUCAAUGCUUAGCUGGUUGGGACUUUCAGGAGGAGGAGACAGCACUGGCACCAAUGACAAGAACUUGAGCAAUAAUAACAAUAGCAGCAAGAAUCGGGCUGCAUCUUCCAACUAUUCUAAUGGGUCCAAAACGCUUCCGCUGAGCACGGGUCGCAAGAAGGGCUUUCUGUCUAGUCUAGAUGAGAACGACGAGAAAGACGGCGACUCAAAGUCAGGACACAAGGACGGCGUUGCCCAUCAUGCUCGCAGCAAUCGCCUAUCAAUCGCCUCAUUCCCAGUUAACCAUGGCGAGUAUGACGAGAAGGCCUCGCUUUCAGGCAGCGGGCGAACGCUUGGUCACCACCUUGGUCAGGAUGGCAAGGUUCGGCUACCUACCCACAUCCCCCGAACCAAGGAGGAAGAGUGGGAACUGACCAAGAAUGUCUGGACCAACUUACCACAGUUUGCCAUUCACGAUCCUAACUUUGUCCCAGGGUCAACAGAUACCAAGAGUUCGGAUUCUGCGGAUGACAAGUCUGGAGGCGGGGCGGAAGGUGGCAAGGACGGACAUUCAGCGGGGGUCAUUGAAGGCGGAACCACUAAAGGUCGGUCACAUAUCGAAGAGAUGGUCAAAAGGUCUUUGAUUCCGGAUGUAACCUCGCACGAGUCGAAGGAAUACAAAAGAUACACCCAACAAUUCAAGUCGAUCAGGUUUGACUCUGUUCCGACAAAAGGCGCUGCCUCGUACGGGAUCAAUGCGCAAGCAAGUCAAAGGGAAGAAUGGCCUGCUGGAACUGCGCCCAACACAGCUGCGCCAACUCCUCUCUCGGGCUCGGUGGCCAACGGACUCAGUCAGAUGCAAUACCCUCCAGGACCACCCCAGCAACGAACCAAAGGCGGAACAGCAUCAACCUCUCCAUCGACAGCAAGACCAGGGUGGAUUGGGGCUCAACGGCAAGCGUACGGAGGCUCCUCGGGAUCCACCGUUACGAUUGGGACAACAGACUUGAAUGAGGAAGAGGAGUUCUACUAUGCAGCCUUGCGAGGAAUCGGUCCAGGCUCAGGGGCUUAUAAUGGUCAUGACACAGGUCGCAUACGAGUGCUGACAUCUGGAUCAAACGGACCCUCUGGAUCCAAGACGUCACCUUUGUCGCCAGAUUUGCCUUUAACUGGUCAGCACUGGAGAGACAACCUGAUGCCCGAACCUCCUAUUUUGCUUGCGCCUUUGCAGACGACCAUCAAGGCCCCGAGCGAAUCCGAGAUGGUCCUGUAUACCGCUCAUGUCGAGCUGCCCAAGCUAACGCUGUACACUGUAGGCCAGACCUGCUUGAAUCCGUACUGGGGCACGAAUUCGGGAACGAGAGCUCGAUAUGAUGCAUACAUGAUGUGGAUCGUCAAGGGACGGUAUGGGUACAUGCCCAAUGCUGCGGGAGCAGGUGCUGGACUGUUGCCGUCGGCGCAGGCACAGGCCCAGGCUCAGUUGUCAGGACGGCCAUUUCGGAAGGGGAGCAGUCAUGCGGAUCAGGCUAACGGAGCUGAGGCGGCGGGUGGAUCUGGUGGAGGAGGCAAGGAUAAACAGCUCCCGCCACUUCAUCAGCAACAGCAUCAACAAUCAUCGGGUGUGGAAAAAGGCGGCAAGAACAAGGAUCGGAAGGACAAGAAGACAGGUCUUGGAGUUGCAUUUUAG